AUGUGCAGCGAUGAAUCGCCCAAGCUGGAGGGGGGGGGCAGCAGCACCAAGGGCUUUGGCAAAGUAACGCAGCGUACUGCGACCGACGGUGGCAUUAGCCGUGGUAGCGGUAGCAGUAGGGUACGAGCGUCAACUGAAGCGCUGGCGCUGGACCUCAAGCCUUCCUGGGAAGGGGCAGCGGCGGAGGAACGCGGAAGAACGGAAGCGGGAAAUUGGGCACAGGCAGCAGACGGAAAAAUCGUUCUCCAGAACGGCUCAGCAAACGAAACUGGGAACGGUUUUGAGCACAGUUCGGAGAAUGGGCCAGGGAUCCACGCUUUGGCGAACGUUCCCGCUAGCGGCGCCAGCGACGGCGUCGAACUUCCAGCCCCAAGACAUAGAGAUGGCGGGAUUCGAGGUGAGAAGAGAGGGGGGGUGGAGGUCUCCGCCGACAAUGUGUGGGCGGCGUUCUUGUCCACCCGACCGUCGCUGUCGGCCGAGGACCGAGCACGGUACGACUCGGCGUACCGAAAAUUUCGAGGUGGGUCGCGGCCGGCGGACUUUAACCCGAUUAGCUCGGUCGAUGAUGGUAACCUCCGAACCGCCUUGAAGUAGGCUCGCGGUUGAUUUACCCAGUCCUGGCCUAUCUGCCUGUGAAGGUGUGGUGCUGGGUUUGGCGGCUGUCGUGGUGGGGGUUGAUUUUGCGUUAAGAUCGCAUCGAUCCCUUGGGACUACGGCUAGACGAAACGGAGGGGAUUUGGACACGAAGGGCUAUUGGUGUUGUUGGCUUACAGGAGUUGAUGUUGUUGUUGUGAGUGGGGUUGUGGGUGAGGGUCACUCCCCCAUAUAGGUUCCAUGUGAACGGUAUGGAACUGGAGUUGUUCCCGGCGGAUGUAGCGUCUUUGUGGUGGUUCGAUUUUUCAAGUGAACGUGGAUUGUUCGGCUAAAUUGGCGUGCGUGCAUUUUAGAAGAGUAUCAGCCAUUAGGUUUAGACGUGGAAACCCGGGGCAAAACAUUCACGGAGGUUGAACACCCCCCUCCACGGCAAAGACGUUGCAAGGUUAGCUUAUCCUUACGCCGUGAUGAGGCAUGCUC